CUUCCCUAGCCGCAUGAUCAUCGCUUUUGUUCAAGUAUCUACCUACCUACCUAAGGUACCUACCUACCUACCCUUGCCCCUUCUGAACAGUCCAUUUUCAAAUUAGUCCUGGGCUGUUCUAUCUCUCUCCAUCUCCGACAAGUUACGGCAAGCCCCGUUUUGCCUUAAGUGGCUAAUGCCUCAGUUACGCCCGCCCCCAAAUACCCCACCUGUGGACCCCCGAGAGGCGGUCACGACAGCCACACGGCACGAGCUCGCCAUUUAAUGGCACCCAAUAUGGGUCUUGAUCGUUGUUGAUCAUAGCUUAAAUCCUUUGUGCUUGCUGUCUUGGGGUUCUGGACCAAUUCAGUCGGCAGCAGCCCUGCAAAGCAAAUUGGAUAUAAUACGCACCUUGUCCAGCCCCAGUCGCCUUUUAAUCCAAAACCCCUCUCCAUCCCGACCGAGAGCACCCCCUCUUGUAUCCGUGCGGUGAUGCUACUUGUCUACAAUAAACCCCGGCUCGCUCGGUUGGGAAGUUCCUGAUCUGGCCUCCACAUCACAUCGUUUGCUACCACCGGGGAACUCCAUCUUACGUAAACACCUCGACCAUUGAGCAAGAGCUUGCCUUGGACUUCAAAGCAGUCUGUUAUUGGGUCUAGAGGCUCUACUGGAGUCUACUUCACCUUUGUUAUCGACUUAGGCCAGCAACUUGAGGGCUUGCUCCUUGUCGUCGCCGUGAGGGUUGUGAAUACACUCUAGAUCUAGGCCUCUGGCUGUAGCAGUUGCCGUGAUGCGCCCAUUUCAAAGACGUGAAUAUCCCUUAGAUCGGGGCCUCGGCCCACCAGCUUACCAGAGCAAGGUUAGGGUCAUGGACAAGUAUCAAGUCAUUGGCUUUAUUAGCAGUGGAACCUAUGGUCGUGUCUACAAGGCCCGUGGCCGCCAGGGUCAGCCGGGAGAGUUUGCCAUCAAGAAAUUCAAGCCGGACAAGGAAGGCGAGCAGAUCACGUACACGGGUAUCUCGCAGUCGGCGAUCCGCGAGAUGGCUCUAUGCUCGGAGCUCCGACACCCCAACGUCAUCCGACUUGUCGAGACGAUCCUAGAAGACAAGGCAAUCUUCAUGGUGUUCGAAUACGCCGAGCACGACUUGCUACAGAUCAUCCACCACCACACACAGCAGCCCAAGCACCCAAUCCCACCGCAAACCAUCAAGAGCAUCAUGUUCCAGCUUCUCAACGGAUGUCAGUACCUACACACCAACUGGGUCCUGCACCGUGAUCUCAAACCCGCCAACAUUAUGGUUACGUCUUCGGGAGAGGUCAAGGUUGGUGACUUGGGCCUGGCCCGCAUCUUCUGGAAACCCGUGCGUACCCUCAUGCAGGGCGAUAAGGUAGUCGUGACGAUAUGGUAUCGCGCGCCAGAGCUGCUCAUGGGUUCACACCACUACACGCCCGCCGUGGACAUGUGGGCCGUUGGCUGCAUCUUUGCAGAGCUUUUGAGCCUCAGGCCAAUCUUCAAAGGAGAGGAAGCCAAAAUGGACAACACAAAGAAGGGAGGCAGCCGAGAUAUGCCGUUCCAGCGCCACCAGAUGCAAAAGAUCGUCGACAUAAUGGGCAUGCCGACCAAGGAGCGGUGGCCACUAUUGACCAGUAUGCCCGACUACGACAAGCUGCCGCUACUACAACCGCCACUUAGCGCCUCGGGUUACCCCCAACAGCCGCCUCAUAGUCAUCAUCACCACCAACACUACAACCAAGGGCCCCAGUACGGAGGCAGGGCGGGCGGGCCCACGUCUUCAUCAUCGGCAAACUCGUCGUCCGCCGCCGCCGCGGCAAGCCAAUCCCACUUGGACAAAUGGUACUACCACACCGUGUCGCAGGGCCAGACAGCGGGGCCGAUGCCGCACGCGCCGCCGGGCAGUCUUGCCUCGUUGGGAGUCGAGGGCUACAAGCUUCUGGCAGGUCUGCUCGAGUACGAUCCGGAGAAGCGGCUGACUGCGGCAGCGGCCCUGCAGCAUAACUUCUUCAGUACCGGGGACAGGGUCAGCGCCAACUGCUUCGAGGGCUGCAAGGCCGAGUACCCGCACCGUCGCGUCAGCCAGGAGGACAACGACAUACGCACUGGCAGCGUUCCCGGCACCAAGAGGAGUGGGAUGCCGGACGACUCGAUGGGGAGGCCCGGGAAGCGAGUCAAGGAGUGAAAAAGUAUAACCAUUACUCGGGGGUUGUCGCUUUGGUUCCAUAUGGGCUUUUUGCUGCUUUUGUAGAUUAGGCUUGGUCAGCUGCCUUUAAAGUUCCAGCCGCUGCUUUUUAUCUUGUUUGGCUUUCGGGUUUCGGGCUUAUCUAUUGUUACGUAGUGAGAUACCUAUUAUAGGCGUACGGAGUUUUAUAUGCAGG